AUGAACCACAAAGCUGUCGAGCGCAUCGAGAAGAGCUUGGCCUUCACUCGCAAGGCAUAUGUUGAAUCUGAACAGAAGCUCAUGCGCUUCGGGUUCACCAAGGGCCACAAGUGGAUGGAGGCCGAAGAUUCGCCUGCGCAAAGCAGAGUGAUGAAGUGGGAGCAGUGGCUCGGCAUGGUCGCCCGCGGCAAGCCAUCCUCGUUGGUAUUGAUCCGAUUGCCCUGCGUGACCACACGCAAGAGGGCACCAGGCCCAGGGGCUAUCAAGAAGGUGCAUUGGACGAAGAUUGCCAAUACCUGGCUCAAAGGUCGCAACAUCAUACUCCACACCGAUAGCGCUCGCAGCUACAAGGCCAAGGUGGCAGGAGUCCUCCAUGAGAAGAAACGUGUUUGGAAAGCCGGGAAAUGGAUUUGGAAGCCUCCAACCUUUGUGCGCAUCGCAAAGCACACGCUCCCUGAUGGCCGCAGGCUGACUGUGAAAGCGGGAACGCAGGUGGUGGAUCGCGCAUGGCGAUACAUCAAAGACCGCCUCAAGAUCAACCAGAACGUGAAAUGCAACUCCACCCUCCUGCAGGCAAAGAUCCGUUCCGCUCAAUUUGAGUACUGGCAGAGAGGCAAGGAUGCUUGGGCCAGCACCGGGGAGCUCUUCACAUGGUACAUGAGCAACAUCGCAGAGAAGUUCUGA